AUGGAAGUACCUGACCAAAACAGAGUUUUGAGUGAUAUCACGAUACAAAACUCUAACAGAUUACCAAGUAAAACUUUAAAACCGAGGCGAAAAGUUCCACCUCCAAUAUUAGAUCCGUCAACAUCAACAUUAAGUGAAUCUGACAAGAAAAUAGUAAGUUCCAUAUAUACUGUGCAGUAUGAUGCCAUUAGUAAGGAAAUUAAUAAAUGUAUAUCAGAUUUCGCUAAUUUAGAUACCUUAUCAGCCUCCUUUGGCGAUGAUGAAAUAACUUUACAUGAUAAUGACAACGAUGAGAGUCCUUUUAAAUUAAUUGAAAAUGAACAAACACGUACUAUAUUGAAAGAAGCCAAAGAGAAGUAUUUUCUAAUUUCAUCAGACCCUGAUGAUUCCGAUUAUAUGGAUCCUGUCCUUGUUGCAGAGUAUUCAGAUAGUAUAUAUAAGUACAUGAAGAAGUUAGAAGCUAAAUAUAAACCAAAAUGUGAUUAUAUGGAGGCUCAGACCUUCUUAGAUUGGGAGUUUCGUCGGACUUUGGUGGAUUGGUUAGUAAAUAUCCAUCUCGAUCUCGAUUUAAUCCCUGAAACUUUAUUUUUGGCAGUAAAUUUAAUGGAUAGAUUUUUGUCCAAGGAAUCAAUAACGUUGAAUAAGUUUAGAUUAGUUGGGAUUGCAGCAUUAUUUAUUGCUACAAAAAUGGAAGAACAUAAAGUACCAUCAUUAGAUGAGGUUCUAGAGGCGUUAGAAGGGCAAUAUUCUGCAGAAGAAAUCAUAGACUCUGAGAGAUUUAUUCUUGUGACAUUAAGACACAGGUUAGGAUGGCCUGGACCUAUGUCCUUCUUAAGGAAAACAAACAAAGCUGACGAUUACGACGAUGAAAUUCGAACACACGCAAAGUAUUUUCUGGAGGCAUCAUUAGUAGAAUCUAAGUUUGUCGCAUGCCCGCCCAGUUUAUUAGCUGCAGGUGCAUAUUACAUUAGUAAACAUAUGGUUACUUCGGAUGAUUCGUGGACAUUGAAACAUGUAUUUUAUUCAGGCUACACAAAAGAGCAGCUUGUGCCAUUAGUCAAAUAUCUUUUAAAAAGCUGUGAUAAUGGGAAAACCACACAUAAAAAUAUCAGAAAGAAAUACUGUAAAAAAACUUAUUCAUCAACAGUAAAAUUAUUCGAAGCAUGGAGAGGGAAGUAG